CCGAAAUUUCAAAAAAUAUAUGCAUGUCGGGUUGGGGGGUUCAGCUCGCCACGUUGGGCAAAGCCGUCCGUGGUGGUGUAUAAGUUAUUGCUUUCCACAUUUGUUAGGAAAAAAGUAUGCGUGAUUUAAUCCGAUGGUAGUUUGACUACUAAAAAUAGUGGUCGUCUGAUAGCUGUGUCUCCUUGGUCAAAUUGGGGGUCAAAUUGUUGGGAUCAUUGUCGUUAAUAAGUGAUUGAUCGGUCCAACAGUUAAUCCGUUUGUGCUUUUGUUUGCUUGUACGGAAUCUGAAUCAUGCAUUCACAAGUUUUUGUUAUGGAAAACAGUAGGGGGAAAAAUCCUAUAUGAAGUAUCUGUUUGUUGAACAGUAGGAAAUACGACCGUAUAAUUGUAUUGAAGAUCUUGUGAUUUUGAACUGCCCAAGUAUGCCAACAGUAGAGUUGGUAGUUUUGCAUAUACACCGAGUACUAAUUUUGCAAGGCUAGUGUUUUCUCCCCUGUUCUGAGAUUAUAUCCAUGAUCCCAUGGCUUAUCUUCAUCCAUUCUGUGAAGAGCAAUUGCUUCUUGUCUAGAAACCUUUCUACAUUUGCUAUCUUGGUAUGGACAAACUUUUGUUGUAGGAACCUUAGGUUAUGUCUUUACUCGGUAAUUGAAAGUUCACACAAUAAUCCAGCAUUUUGAUCAAAUUAAUUAGAUCGUUCCAACAUACUUGAAUUUAGUGGCCAAACAUAAUUGUUUAUAUCGGUUAUCUCAUGGCCACGUUGUUAAAAACCAUAACAAUCUCCAUGUACCUCUUUUUCCAUCAAAGUUCGUUGAGAGUUUAUACAUAAAUCAGAAAAUAGUAAAUAUGAGAUUGUAAUGGGAAGGAAUUGUAGCUAGCGAUACACAUUUAUCCCUAUAGGUGAUUUCUGCCCUAGUGUAUUUUGUAGGUUAAGAGAGUCGAUGGAUUGUCUACACUAGAUUUGUACAAAGUUUUCUUCAGCUGUAAUUCAAUUCAAGUCUAUAAGAACAGAACAUGAAUUAAAUUUUAUUGAGAAUAAUGCCAAAAUUGGCAUUGUUAGCAAAAUCCUCUAACUGGAAGUAAUCAAAUAAAAGUUUCUAAUCUCAAGCCCUACUACCCCCUAACUCAGUAGGGACCCAACCCAACAUUGCAACCUCCAGCUGGACUAAUUUUCCUUGAAGACAGGCUGAUAACUUAAGCUAGGCUGAAGAGUACAAGGGCCUUGACACAUUCACUAGCCCAGUUUAAUGAUAUUUUUUGGGCCUUGACAUAUUCACUAGCCCAGUUUAAUGAUAUUUUUUGGGCCUUGACUGACAUAAUUUUGAGCAUACCUAGCAGGCCAAAUCCUUGUGGGGCUUGGUCAGGUUGGGCCACUUGUGUUAUAUCUGGUCCAUCGCUACAUUCGUAACCUAGCAUAAUUUAUUAGUUAGUUUCAGUUGUCGCUUGUCAGAAAAAAUUGCUCAGGUCACAAGUCCCCUGUGAACCAAAAUGUUUGAGUCACGAAAUUGUCGAUGGCAAAUUUUUAUCCUCUGAAAAGGUCUAGAAAGUAACAAAAAAAGGAAGUGGACCCAUAUCUUUAAUUACUGCCAUAUCAAUACCAAAUCAUGCUUAUCCGAUAACUGCGACUUUCCCAUCAUCGAGUUAUAUAUAUACCCUUUUGUUGAUUGAGACUUGUAUAAAUUGAAAAGGAGAAAUUCAGGUGCAUAAGGAAUCUACGUUGCAUGCAUAAGACGUGUUGGAAAUAUCAUAAGUUUUGGGACAAGCAAGAGAGGACAUGGAGCCAUCAUCACAACCUCAGCCGGCAAUUGGUGUUGUUGCUGGUGGAUCACAAGUGUACCCUGCAUACCGGCCUGCAGCAACAGUGCCUACAGCUCCUGCUGUCAUUCCUGCCGGUUCACAGCCAGCACCGUCGUUCCCUGCCAACCCUGAUCAACUGAGUGCUCAGCACCAGCUCGUCUAUCAGCAAGCCCAGCAAUUUCACCAGCAGCUUCAGCAGCAGCAACAGCGUCAACUCCAGCAGUUUUGGGCUGAACGUCUGGUCGAUAUUGAACAAACUACUGACUUCAAGAACCACAGCUUGCCACUUGCUAGGAUAAAGAAGAUCAUGAAGGCAGAUGAGGACGUUCGCAUGAUCUCCGCAGAGGCUCCUGUGAUCUUUGCGAAAGCAUGUGAGAUAUUCAUACUGGAGCUGACCCUGAGAUCAUGGAUGCACACGGAGGAGAACAAGCGCCGUACCUUGCAGAAGAAUGACAUAGCAGCUGCCAUCACCAGGACGGAUAUGUACGAUUUCUUGGUAGAUAUAGUUCCCAGGGAUGACUUGAAGGAGGAGGGAGUUGGGCUCCCUAGGGCUGGAUUGCCGCCCUUGGGUGUCCCUGCUGACUCAUAUCCGUAUGGCUACUAUGUGCCACAGCAGCAGGUCCCAGGUGCAGGAAUAGCGUAUGGUGGUCAGCAAGGUCAUCCGGGGUAUCUGUGGCAGGAUCCUCAGGAACAGCAGGAAGAGCCUCCUGCAGAGCAGCAAAGUGAUUAAGAAGAGUAAAUGAUCCCUGUGAAUUGUCAAGAAGCUUACCACCUGAUUCAGAAUUUUACUUUUAGCCAGGUUGUCGUCUAUUCUGAAUUUAUGAAUAGGAUUAGGAUUCUCUCAUGGUAGUUGCAUUUCUGCUGUAGUGGAAAAGGAUUUAUGACAUGAGAGUAUGAGACUAAUGGGUUUCAGUUACUAUACCGUUUCCUGUCAAUCCAAAAGUUGGCCUUUGCGAGGCCAUUGAUAUUGAACCUAAUGUGGUUGAACUGCCCAUGCCAACGUUUGUAAGCUCUGAUGUGGGUCAUUCUGUAUUUCAUGUUUGCAUGGUUUCAUGGAAUCUUCUUUGUUUAGACAAUGAAAAUGUUUUACAUUCGUGGCAUCUGCCAUAACACA